UCACAAGCAGCACAAGCACAAGAAGCACUUGUUCUUCAGCUCCUCAUCGCAGCAGUACCUGCUUCCUUGCUCGUGUUUGCGAGAAUGUCUUGCUGCGGCGGCAACUGCGGGUGCGGCAACGGGUGCGGCGGAUGCAAGAUGUUCCCUGAUGUGGAGGCCACUGCCACCACCACCACCACCACCAUGGUCAUUGCUGCUGCCGCCCAGAAGGGGAGUUCUGGCGGGUUCGAGGCCACGGCCGAGAACGGCGGCUGCGACUGCACCACCUGCAAGUGCGGCACCAGCUGCGGCUGCUCCUGCUGCAGCUGCAACUGAGGCGGCCCCGCGCCGCCGCGAGCACGAGGAGGAGACCCCCGCCGGUAGCCAGCGUAUUAGUAGUGUCUAAAUAAGAUCCUGUCAACUGCUGCAUCCUGUGUCAUCCUGUGUCGCCUGCCCUAUCAUCUCCUGGGGGUAUCUCAAUAUCUGAUGAUCGAUGAUGUCGUCGAUCGUGUACUCCUCGUGCCAGCUUUAAUAUAUGUAUCCGACCUUUAACUGAA